AUGUUUAUCAUUUUUCGUUUUUCCUCGAGGAAGAAGGUGUGUUUUCUAUUUUUCUAUCUAUUAGCCUCAUUUCGGUUUAAAGUUUUCUUUGUGAAAAAUAAUAUCAUUUUGCGGCAUUAUCUGAAAGAGUUUUCCAAAAAAAACGUCUAUUUAAGAAUCUCUUUCAAAUAGUCUCUGCCAUUCCCCAAGACAGCCCUGACAUAUCUAGUACUGUAGAAAAAGUUGGAAAAUUGUUUUCAAAAAAUUUAGUUCGCGCGGUGCACACAAGUUGUGUGACACAACACAUUUAAUUGUACGCGCAUUUAUUUUUGUUUUUUUUCCUUGGCAAAAAACUUUCGGUGUUCGUUGGCCACCAACAAACAAACAAAACAGCCAUUUUCUUCUUUUCGUCUAUCAUUUUUCCAAUGUUCUCUUCUAUCUCGUCAUUCGUUCUUAUCUUCACAUUCAAUAUUAUUUGUAAUAGUACUACUUACUCAAAAAUUGUUUUGUUUUUAAUCAAAAAAAAGUUAUAUUUCAGAGAUCUGCCAAAAUGUUGUCAACUCUGGGAAAAAGUGCAACACGUUUGGCGAGCUCCAAGAAAGCCGCUGUUGAAUCAUCGUCGUUUGUGAUGAAUUUGUUCAGAGGAAAAUCGGUCACCGAACAAGUUUUUCCAUAUCCAUUGAGACUUGAUGCUGAACGAAAGGAAACUUUGGGAAUGGUUAUGGGACCAUUAGAGAAGAUGCUUCAAGAUGUAAAUAAUGUCACAAAGUGAGUAAAAUUUUAAAUUUAGAAGCAAUACUUUUUCAACAAUAAUGGUUUUGUUCAGAAAUGAUGAAACCUCUGACAUCCCAAAGGCAGUUCUUGAUCAAUUUGCGGAAUUGGGAACUUUCGGAGUUCUCGUGCCACCAGAGUUGGAAGGAUCUGGUUUCAAUAACAGUCAACUUGCUCGAGUUGCUGAAAUUGUUGGAGCUUAUGAUUUGGGAUUCGGUGUUGUUAUGGGAGCUCAUCAAAGUAUCGGAUACAAGGGAAUUUUGAUUGAAGGAACUGAAGCUCAAAAACAAAAAUAUUUACCAGACUUGGCUACUGGAAGAAAAUUCGCUGCUUUUGCACUCACUGAACCAACAACUGGAUCUGAUGCCAGCGUAAGUUCGGAGUUAUUUUUGAAGUUACCAAAAAUAGCAUCAUGAUUUUUCUAGUCUGUCCGCUCUCGCGCCGUUCUUUCCGACGAUGGUAAACAUUAUGUUUUGAAUGGUGGAAAAAUUUGGAUCUCAAACGGAGGGUUUGCCGAUGUUUUCACUGUUUUUGCCCAAACUCCAAUCAAGCAAGCUGAUGGUUCGACUAAAGAUAAAAUGUCAGCUUUCAUUGUUGAACGCGCUUUCGGUGGAAUUACCAGUGGACCACAAGAAAAGAAAAUGGGAAUCAAGGGAUCGAAUACAACUGAAGUUCAUUUUGAAAAUGUCAAGAUUCCAGUUGAAAAUCUGCUUGGAAAAGAGGGAGAAGGAUUCAAAGUUGCCAUGAAUAUUUUGAAUAAUGGAAGAUUUGGAAUUCCAGCUGCUUGUACUGGAGCAAUGAAACAUUGUAUUCAAAAAACCGUUGAUCAUGUCACGACUCGUGUUCAAUUCGGAAAGAAAAUCAGUGAAUUCGGAAAUGUUCAAGAAAAGUUAAUUGAUAUGGUUGCAAAAUGUUAUGCAACUGAAUCAAUUGUAUACAUGCUUUCUGCUAAUAUGGAUGCUGGAAUUAAAGAAUAUCAAUUAGAGGCAGCAAUCGGAAAAGUAUUUGCAUCUGAAAACGCGUGGAAUGUUUGUGAUGAUGCUAUUCAAUUACACGGUGGUAUGGGAUUCAUGAGAGAAACUGGAUUGGAAAGAGUUCUCAGAGAUUUGAGAAUCUUCAGAAUUUUCGAAGGAGCUAAUGAUGUACUCAGAUUGUUUAUUGCAUUGACCGGUGCUCAACACGCCGGAAAACAUUUGGCUCAACAAGCAUCAAGUGGUGUUGGAGGAAUGUUGGGAUUAGCUAUGGCUAGAGUUACUGGAGGACCAGCUACUGGAAGUAAUUUUGAUUCAGUUGUUGAUUCGAGUUUGAAAGAUUCUGCAAAUCUUCUCGAUGGACAAAUCAAACUUUUUGGACAAACUGUUCAAAACUUGUUGAUCAAACAUAAAAAAGGAAUUAUUGAUCGUCAAUAUGAACUUGUUCGCGUCGCUAAUUCAGCAAUCGAUAUUUAUAGUUCGAUCUCUGUUCUUUCUCGUGCAACAUAUGCGAUCAAAAAUAAGUCAACAAGUGCAGAUUUUGAAAGAGAUGUUGCAAAUUAUUAUAUCACUAAGGUGCGUUGAAUAAUUUUAUUUAAAAAUAUCAUAAUGAUAUUUCUAGGCUCUUCGCAACUCUCAACUAAGCCUUGAGCAAGCUGGAAAAGGCGUCGAAAACGCGACAACUGUUUCAACAAUCGAAUCACUCGCCAAACAAAUUUAUUCAAACGGUGGUUCACCUCUUCAACAUCCAGUCGAAUUGUAG